GUGACGUCCCAAUCGAGCGGAGCAAUCAGUAAUCACGCCACAAUCUCACACACCGCCAUUGCCCGCGGCGGCAGCAGCAGCAGCGCGAUGGGAGUGGAGUCGGAGUGCGACAGGAUAAAGGGCCCCUGGAGCCCCGAGGAGGACGAGGCGCUGCGGCGGCUCGUGGAGCGGCACGGCGCGCGGAACUGGACGGCGAUCGGGCGGGGCAUCCCCGGCCGGUCGGGCAAGUCGUGCCGGCUGCGGUGGUGCAACCAGCUGUCGCCGCAGGUGGAGCGGCGGCCCUUCACGCCCGAGGAGGACACGGCGAUCCUGGCCGCGCACGCGCGGCUCGGCAACCGGUGGGCCGCCAUCGCGCGCCUGCUCCCCGGCCGCACCGACAACGCCGUGAAGAACCACUGGAACUCAUCGCUCAAGCGGAAGCUCGCCACCGCGGCGGCGCCGGAGGCCGCCGACUCCGAGCGGCCGUGCAAGCGCGCGAGCCCCGGGCCGGGGAGCCCGACGGGGUCGGAGCGCAGCGAGCUCGGCCACGGCUCCGGCGUCGGCGGCGCGCAGGUGUUCCGCCCCGUCCCGCGCGCGGGCGGGUUCGACGCCAUCGGCGCCGCGGACGCGCGCCCUCCGCCGCCGCGGGACGAGGACCCGAUCACCUCGCUCUCCCUCUCGCUGCCGGGGCUAGACCAGGCGUCCUCGGGGUUCCGCCACGACAGCGCCCGGAGCCACUUCCAGGAGCUCUCCCCCUCGCGCUCCCCGUCGCCCCCGUCCCCGCCCUCCUCGUCCUCCUCCUCCACCACCGGCCCCUACCCGUUCAGCGGCGAGCUGGUGGCGGCGAUGCAGGAGAUGAUCCGCGCGGAGGUGCGCAAGUACAUGUCCGGCGCGGGGCUCCGCGCCGGGUGCGUCGCCGGUGCCUUGGGCGAGGCGUGCAUGCCGCAGCUCGUGGAGGGCGUGAUGCGCGCCGCCGCGGAGCGCGUCGGCGCCGUCGUCACCAGCCGGCCGUAGGGAACCGAGACCAAAUCAGAUCGAAUCAAUGCGAAGCAUUGUGUUAAUUAAGAUCCGAUCCGGUGUAGCCCUGCAGUACUAGUACUAGACUACUGCCACUACUAUUAGGCCUUCUCCAAUGGUCGACUCUCUAAUGGUCGACUCUUUGCUAGAUCUUAAAUUGUUUAAUCGAUGAACAGUGCUAAAAUAGUACAAAAGUGAGUUGGCUCUUUGCUAGCUCUUAGCCGUCUAAUAUUCAUUGAAGAGCUAGCAAAAAACCAAUCCAUUUUUGUACUAUUUUGAUAUUAUUUAUCGAUUAAACAAUUUAAGAGCUAGUAAACAGCCAACCAUUGUAGAAGACCUUAGUCGUCGUCGUUCUCUGGCCUCUCUCAUGGCCGCUGUAAUUAGGAGGAGCUCGAUGUUUCAUUCUUCGGCGGCGGCCGGCCGCUCUGAAUCGAGCCUGUCAUUUCUACACUCGGAAUGUGGUCACGGUUUGUUCAGAAA